AUGAUCGAUUCUCCGAUUCGCUUGAAUACAUUUUAUAAAAACAGCAAAAAAUCCAUCCCUUUCUCAUCAGUCGAGAGUUUUGACUCAAGAUCAAAUGCUGUAGCUGUCAGUGGAGAUACAAUUCCUUCAAAAGUUUCUCCAAUUCGAACAAAUGUAAACACACAUGCGCACGUAUUUCGGAGGAAACAAAACGAGUUGACAAGGAAUGUUCGAGGCUCUGUAAUCUUAAUCCCAGCUAAAGGAGCAAAUCCAAGUCCGCCAACGAUCGCCCCAGCAAUAACAACCAAUACGAUUAAAGCGAUUCGACCCGGUCCCAUCACUCGUCACUACUACAAACCGAAUACCCCUUUCACUACUCCAACACCAUUGCUGAGCACUCAAGUUGUGAUAGAUUCCGAGCAAGAGAUCGAUGCCGAGCCGCUCGUCGUCUUGAAUGGACAAAAGAGGCCAGCUAUCGUUUCUUCUGGAUUUCGAGCCACAAUCAUGACAUCAACAACAUCAUCAAUCACAACUCGUUCAAUUUCUUUUCCAACAACCAUCUCUAGAGCAACUCCAUCGGGGAAAGAGUUAGCGAUCGUCAGCGAUGCUCCGUGUUUCUUGAAAUAUUCCCAUCGAGCUUUACCAAACUAUGAGGAAAAAGCGUUGAAUGGAGUGUCUCUACGGGAUUGUCUCGUCACUUGUCUCUACACUUCUGAUCUCUAUUGUGCCAGUGUCAACUAUGAUUUUAGUAGAAAGAUCUGCAUAGUGAAUGGUGGAAGUUCAUCACAAACGAAAACAGCGCUUCAAACAUCGAAAACGAUUGACUACUACGAGAAUGUCUGUCCACCAGCGCAACCAAGAACACCAGAUCAACUCAUCAUUCCCAGCUUUAUCAUUUCUCGAUGUUUAACUCCAAUUGUGAAUACGAUACUGGAAGAUCUUGAUGCGUCACUUGUCACAUCCGCUCAAACAUUGGAAGAGUGUCAAAGUGAGUGUUUGCGUGGGAGAGGGAGACGGGGAAAAGUGUGUGGUGGAAUGAAUUGGAUUCGAGCCACAAAUGGUUGCAUGAUUUUCCCUCCACAAUAUGAUCGACAACAACUCUCUUUCGCAAAAGAUGUCACUUUCUUUAUGAACUCAUGUACAGAAGAAAGUUUUGAUGAAGCAAAAAAAGAGAAAACAAAAAACGACUAUUACGAAGAUUUCGCUCAA